AUGGCUCUCGCCGUUCAGUUCGUCCGCCCAGCGAUUCGCCAUUUCUCUGUCCGCCGUCCACGGCCAGAUACUCGCAUCUCCCGAUUCGUCACCAGCUCGUGUCUCUUUUCUGCGGUGGUGUUGCCAUUUGUUCCGCCAGCUCUUGAAAGCUCUCGCGCCAAAAGCCUCCCCCUCUCUGUUUCCAUGCCCGUUAAGAAUAACGGUUCCUGGCCAUCUGGGAUAUUUCCGUACGACUCUUAA